UCACAUAUCGGUCCGCUCGCUCAGUCAUCGCUGCCGCUGCUGCUGAGAGAAGUGAGGCAAAUAACGUGAACUUCAGUCGUUAUUUUGUGUUUCAAAACGUUAUGGGAUUAUUAUGUCCAACCUUUUAUAUCAUCAUGGCCUAUAGAACAAAAAAAGAUGUUUUGAAGUCUUUGGAAACAUCUUGGACCGCCGCUGCAGACAGCGUGGACCCGAGCUCACUGAUGUGAGGUGUAGAUCUUCUCUGAGUGUGCUCAGUCCACUCUUGAGCCUCAGGAUGAGUGGGUCCGGGGAGCAGACUGAUAUCUUGGCUGUCGGGAGCAUGGUCCGGGAGCGAUGGAGAGUGUUGAAGAAAAUUGGUGGGGGUGGUUUUGGUGAGAUCUAUGAAGUCCUGGACCAGGUGAGCCAAGUCAAUGUGGCUCUGAAAGUGGAGUCUGCCCAGCAACCCAAACAGGUCCUUAAGAUGGAAGUAGCAGUUUUGAAAAGACUUCAGGGUAAAGACCAUGUUUGUCGUUUUGUUGGCUGUGGACGCAAUGACCGCUUCAACUAUGUGGUUAUGGAGCUUCAGGGAAGGAACUUGGCAGACCUUCGACGCAACAUGAGCCGCGGCACCUUCAGCUUCUCCACCACACUCAGGCUGGGCCGACAAAUCUUAGAAGCCAUCGAAAGCAUCCACUCUGUGGGCUUCCUGCACAGAGACAUAAAACCCUCUAACUUCGCAAUGGGUCGACUUGCCAGUACGUGCCGAACCUGUUAUAUGCUUGAUUUUGGGUUGGCACGCCAAUUUACAAACUCAUGUCAAGAAGUCCGUCCGCCACGUCCAGUGGCAGGAUUCAGAGGAACCGUCCGUUAUGCUUCAGUUAAUGCUCACAAGAAUAGGGAAAUGGGUCGACAUGAUGACCUGUGGUCUUUAUUUUAUAUGCUUGUGGAGUUCAUGGUGGGUCAGCUACCCUGGAGAAAAAUCAAAGAUAAAGAACAGGUCGGAAAUAUGAAGGAGACGUACAACCAUCGCCUCAUGCUCAAACAACUCCCAGAUGAGUUUAGCGUUUUUCUCGACCAUAUCUCCAACCUGGACUACUUCACUAAACCCGAUUAUCAGCUCCUGAUGUCAGUCUUUGACAACAGCAUGAAGAGCUACAAUGUGGUGGAAAAUGAUCCGUAUGACUGGGAAAGGACAGAUUCAGAGGACACACUUAAUGUUGGAACCCUGGCAACCACAGCCCAGCAGUUGACCCGCCUCACACCGGCAUAUUUGGGCAUGGCCAAUGCCUCCGUGAUCCCGGGCGAUCUGCAGCGUGAGAACACAGAGGACGUCCUUCAGGGUGAGCGCCUCAGUGAGGCUGAUAAUUGCGCCCCCAUCCCAAUGCAGCCUGCACAGGGAGCGGAUGUCUGGGAGGAUAUGGAGCACAGCCGCGACCGAAACCUCAACCACGUUCAGCCUCUAAUCAGAAAGGUGGCUAGUGAAGAGGAGCGAAGCAAAGAGGGCAACCAGAGCCCCAACAGUGGCUCCAUCCAGGGCUCUCCUAGACGUGUGCGCUCAGAGACCGUGCUCAUCGACCGUGUUGCUCCUCUACUGAGAAGGAUGCGCCAUAGUCAGAGCAUGGGGCUAGACAAAAGAUUGACCCCUGAACCCAAACCCACACUUGAACGCUUCCUUGAGGCCUAUUUAGGGAAGCAUCGUCCGGGUCUGCCCCAAGACAGGUCUGUCUAUCGGGUCGAGCAGGGCUCGUUGGAGGACGAGGAGUGUGCGGCCAGCAGCGGUUAUGUUGCCGUCAACCUCAGCCCCGUGCCACAAGAGGGUGACUCACAGGAGUGGGUCUCAGCAGAAUUCCACACAGGCGUCUGCCACACUGGUCCUCCAUUCGCCAGACUACCAGGCUUGCCUGGAGUGAUAGGGCUGUCUGGAUUAAGAAGACUGCCCACAGUACAGCCUGCGUCAGUGGUCCUAAGCAGGACUCAUCUUGAGCAGUCAUCCAAUGCAGUGCUACAGCAGAAGACAGGAGACAACUCUCAGCCUGACAAUCCAUCAGGCCCUGCAGAAAAAGAGCACAACUACGUGCCAGCUAUUUCACCCUCUAAAAGCCCUACCAAGCCAGAUGAAAACAUUAUCUCUGUCAAGGCCUCUGACAAGGAUGUGGAGAGUGACUCGGGCUGUCCUGACGGUGGGCCUUCUUCAACCCCCAACCAGGGUGAGACCACUGGACACAGUGUUGAUGCAGCUCCGGCAUCACCUUGUGAACUCUCACCCCGAGCCAGUCGCAUCCCCAUCCGUGACCCGGACUCUCCAACCCGUAGGGGUUUUCCAGCUCCGCUUUCUCCAUCUCUGUCACUGUCAUGUGAGCACUUCCCCUUAGCGCUGCUGCGCGACAAGUUCACUUUCCCCACUGGUUCUCGAGGGUCCGACUGGCAGGUGGAGGAGCCACUCUCUCUGUCUUCCUCCUCAGGACUUGUGUCGAGCAAGAGUAAAAUACCAAGACCCAUGAGCCCCACACUAGUGCCGGAUCAGCUGUCUGCACGAUUUAUUCCACGGCCGCCACCAGGAAAACCACCCCUUCGCACAGGUGGCGAGAACAGACGUAGACGCUACCGCAUUCGUGCUAGCAGCACCGGUGACACGGACCUCUUGGACAACCUCUCUCAGCUCAUGCAGGAGCGAGGAGGACUGGCCGUCAGCACCUCACGUUACCAACGCACCACUGCCUCCUCUCUGCAGCGCUCGUUAAGCUCCUCGCCUUCCCGUUUUGAGGGGGGUCACAGCCAGUCACCAAAUAGCUGCUCAGCCUCCCCGCCUCCUCGAAUCAGUGACUUAACAGUAAAUCACGGGUCAGGGUUCUGCCCCAGAGUCAGAACCGGAAAUCCUGAGAGCAAAUCCACAACCAAAAUGAGCAAAUAAAGAGAAAAGCUUGUAACCGAUGGUGUGAGUUGUCAGUAAUUUGACAACCGGUUUCAAAAGUAGCGUUUGAUGAACUGUAGCGUUUUUACAAGUGGUGUUUUGAUAAGUAGAGCGAUAAAGGACCAGGUAUUUGCCGGUUGGUUGUGAUUACUUGAAAGCAUCAUGUUUUGGACAUUUUUGAAAAACGUGAAAUAUUAACAUGCUAAAUGUUCCAGUGACACUGUGUAACUUUCUUCUAAACAAAUUGCCCAUUGCAAUCACAUUGUUUUUUUUGUUUUUUUUUAUAUUCUAUAUAGUUUGUGCCAUAUAUUCUUUUUCUUCUUGCUAUGCAAAUUAUCUGUUUACUUUUUCAUGUUUUUUGCACUUUCUGGUUUACAUACCUUACAUAUGUCAGAUUUUGAACAUUAACUAUCAGUGAGAACAUUUGAAAUCUGAAAACAAUGGGGCUGCACUUAGUAACUCAUUGUAUUCUGUCAAACAGAUGCAUGUUUUUUAGGCACUCCAGAUACUCUAGCCUUACAUUUUCUAUAAUUUUUCUGUUUUUUUAAUCAUUGGUCAAAGCGUUUAUGGUUAAAUGCUCAUUUCAACAGAUAGCUAUCUAUACAGUGUAUCAUCAUUCAUGUAUAGGUACAUCUGGUACAAGCAAGCAUGUGUAUAUAUGUAUUUCAGGGAAUGUAUGUACUGUAAACUGUAUCAUCUAUAGAAUGUAUUUAUUUAUUUAUUGGAUGUGGUUACGUACCUGAUGAUGUAGCUUUAUUACUUGCUACUGAGUGAAUUCGCCAUCACAUUAAGGGUCAGCAACCUUGCAAUUGCCAAGUAUAAUCUCUUCCAUGCCUGCAAUAUCAUACUAAUAAUCCCUGUAAAUAGUCAUAACGUCAGUAAGAAACUUACCGAUAUAUUGCAGUGAAACACUAUGGACCCUUAAAUGAACUUGAUUCAAACACUCUAGUCCCAUUACCAUAUUACUUGAAUACAUCAGCAAGAUGUCUGCUUGAUGAGUUGGCUGCUUAUGCUAAGACACUUCUGCGGUUUUUGGGAUUGAAUUCUCCACCAUGGCAUUUAUUGACAGUUGUCUGAGGAGUGCGAGACCUGUGUGAUGUACAAAGAAAGGGAUUGUAGCUACCGAGUCAUUACCACGACUUCAUUGUGUGCUGUGCAGCUAGAGUAGUUGUUUUGUUCUGGAUCGUCAAUUUUGUCCUCUAGAAGUGCUUUUACUUUAAAAGCAUCAGUAUAGGCCCACAACUGUCGGUACAACGGAUGGUUUAUCUUAAGAACUGUACAUAACCUGAACUGUAUAUAGAUAUAAAUAUAUUAAGAAAAAGAAAUUCCACCUCAUGCUUCAUGUACUGUAUUUUGCUAACAAACAAUUCAAUCAUUCAAAAAACAAAGUUACCAUGUUGGAAUGUAUAUGUAUUCACAUCGAUGGAAUAAAUAAGUACUCUUAA